GUAUAAGUGUGGAUCGAACGAGUCAUGAAGAAGAUAUCAUAUCAUCACCGUCUCUGAAUAAACAAAGUAAGAAUAGAACGAGCAAAGUGUUUGAAGUUCGAAAGUCGACAAAACCUCACUUGAUUCAAAUUCAGUUUCGGUUUCUAAGGAUUUAAAGCCGCAAGACAAAACAAGUUUUCUCUUUUUUUUUUCCCUUUUCCUCGUUAGGGUUCUUUCAAUUUUGCCGAUAAAAUCGUGAAAAAAACCAAAAAAACAGUUCAAAGAAGAAGACGAAGAUAGUCUUCGACGUUUAAAGGAGCGACACAGGCGAGGAAAGGAAUCGGUGGUGAGUCGAUAAGUGUCUUCAGUCCCAAAAAGAUGAACAGGAGUAGCAGCAAUUCAGAAGGUGCUAAAGCAGAGCAGAUCAUAUUCGAGUUCUUCGCCAAAAGCCUCCACAUAAUCCUCGAAUCAAGGACUCCUUUCAUGUCUUCAAGAAACUUCAGCGGUGACCAGAUGAUCUGCUCCCCUUCCCCUUCCUCCUCCUCUUCAUCUUCCUCUAGCGUCAGGCCUCGCGACAAAUGGUUCAACCUAGCCCUCAGAGAAUGCCCUGCAGCCUUAGAGAGUUUCGACAUCGGCCGCAGAAGCAGCCUCGAGCCUCUGGUCGUCGAUGUAGUUCUUGUAGCGAGACAACCAUUUGUUGGUGAUCAAAUGAGUUUGUCAGAUCAAGAUGAGUUAGCGUGCGAGACAAAGAACGAGCAAGUGAUAGAGAGGUGGUUGGUGCAGUACGAUAACAGAAAGGUUAGGGAAGCUUCUGCUUCCAGGUCAAGUAGUAGUAACAGUAAGUUGCAAGUGAUGUAUAAGAAAGCAACUCUGCUUCUGAGAUCACUCUUUGUGAUGGUUAGGCUCUUACCUGCUUACAAGAUCUUCCGAGCGCUCAACUCCUCCGGACAGAUCUGCAAGUUUAAGCUCGUCCCUAAGGUCCCCACCAUUGUCGAGCCGUUCACUCGCAGAGAAGAAGCGGAGAUGCAGAAGUUCGCUUUCGCUCCGGUUGACACCGUCUGCGGUAGGCUUUGCAUGUCGGUGUUGUAUCGUUCUCUCUCUGACGUGAGCUGUGAACACUCGGCUCCUGUCUCUCCGACGUUUAUAACGGAUUACGUUGGGAGUCCUUUGGCUGAUCCGUUGAAGAGGUUCCCUUCUCUGCCUCUUUCUUACGGUUCGCCUCCGUUGCUGGCGUUUCAGAGGCGGCAUAGCUGGAGUUUCGAUAGGUUCAAGGCCUCCUCUCCUCCGCCUUCGGUUUCUUGCUCGCCGUCUCCUACACGGUCGGAUUCGCAAGCGUUGGUUCGUCGCCUUCCUGAUAUACCUACUGGUCGUAGGAAGGAUGAAGAGAGAGAUUUCUCCCCUCCUUGCUCUCCUUCAGGACCUGUCUCGAGAGGCAUCACGCGUACUGAGAGUGCUCCUGUGAGAAUCCCGGCUCCUAGUUUUGAGUCCAAGCAAAACUUGGUGGCGCCUUCUCCUCGUUUGAAACUGUUGAGACAAGCUUCUUUGAAGCCUGUGAGGAACAGUGGUGGUGCUGUUGAAUCUGGAGCAGGAUUGGAGAAGCUGUUUCUUUAUGGGAGAGAAGAAUUUAGGAGGAGCUCUCGAGUGAGGCUAUCUACCAACAGCUCACCGAGGAUAUCGUUUUCUCGAAGUUCCAGUAGAUCAUACCAAGAAGAUUUUGAUGAUAAUGACUUCCCUUGCCCGUUUGAUGUUGAGUAUGACGAGAUUACUGAUCCUAGCAGCAGAUCAGGGUCUUUCGACCAGAGAGGAGAUAUACAUGAACCACCACUAGAGUCGAGCGGCUCCUACCCAAAGAAGUCACAAGAUGCUGCAGUUGGUGCUCUUGUGAAUAUGCUGAAGAAAGCUCCGCCUCUUAGGCAAGACGUCUCUGAAACUUCCAUACCUGAGAUUUACUGGAACAACAACAAGAAACCUGCAGGGGCUCACGAUGUGGCAGCGGCGUCUAUGACAGCGUCGGGGAUUGCUCUGGCGGCAAAGACAACAGCGGAUGCGUUGGAAGAGUUGAGGUCGUACAAGGAAAUGAAGAAUGUGUUGCUUAGCCAAUCCACAAUGGGUUCUUCCUCAGUUACUACUUCACCCUUUGCUGUUUCAGGAUCUUAACCCUUUCGGGUUUCGGUUUGUUUCUGGUUAGUUUCGGUAUUGGUGUUUUGGUUUUGAUUACAUAAUGUGCCUUUAAGCUCUCGCAAGUUUGAUAUUGGUCGGUGUCCAUGUAAAUAAACUUUGUACCCCAAAAAAAUAACAAAAAACUCUGUAAAUAAAUGGUAAACCUUUUA